AUGUUAUAUUCAACGUAUCUGAUCCUUCUCGGUAUUUUGUUUUUAUUAAAAUCCUCCACUUCAGCGGAAUACUCUCGGAACCACGAUAAAUUCUACUCGUCGAUCGGGAGCAAGCCCUUAUCUAGCCAGGAGACUGACAACCUGAGGCUGGUGUUGAAUUUCAUUCGCCAAUCCCCUGAGUUUCAUCCGCUCACGUUCUCCGUAAUACUGCCGGAGUUUCAAUCGAGCUUCAUCGAAUUUUUGCUGAGCUAUGUUGGACAAAAUUCGAUCGAGGCCUACAAAGUCAGGGCGAGGGAUCUGUCCCUGAAGGCCACUUGGAUGAGCCGGCUACGACUCACUUGGAUCUUCGUCGUUCAAGACUUGUCCAGCUUUAACAUCUUCGUUUAUUGGCAAUGGAAUCUGUGGAAAGCCGGCAACCAAUAUUUGAUUAUCUUCACUGGAAAAGUAGUCACCACGCUCUGGACGGAGGCUUUUACAAACUUGUGGAGAAAGUACGACGUUCAUCGAAUCGUCGUCGUCGACGAUGAUUUUCGAUGUCUGACCAGAUACAUGCCGCUCGAGAAACGAUCUAACAACGGCUUUGGAAGGGUAUACAAAUCAUGUUUGAAGAAAAAUCAUUUUACCAAGCGACCCAGCGAGUACGAUGUUCUUCAAAAUCCGCCAAGAGGUAAUAAUUCGGGAUAUCCAGAGGAUAUUCUUCGACUGAACAGAGAUACAAGGUUAUUCGAGAAUUUCCAAAACUUGAAUCAUUAUCCCCUGAACGUGCUGGUGUUCGAAUCUCUGUUGAUGAACGUUUCAUACGAUACUCGGAAUAGACUGGAAUUGAGCAAACCAGACGCUAAUGUGGCGUUUGCUCUGGAGAAGGCGAUGAGGGCAAAAUUUCGUAUAAAAGCUAUGAGGAAGGUUGAUUUCACGGAUGAUCCAUUUACCACUUCGUUGACAAGCAUCGAGACUAGAAACGUGGACAUGGUUAUCACCGGAUUUUUCGUCAAGGUUUAUAGCAAAUUUCGAAAGUUUCAGUUCACCUGUGCCGUGUACGAGGACAAGCUGUGCUUCGUGUCGCCCGAUUCUGGUCUGGUACCCAAGGCUUACAUGCCUUUUCUACCCUUUCAAAAGAGCUUAUGGUUUCUGCUAAUAGCAUAUAACAUUACGGUUACGUUCCUGUGGUGGUUGGUGAAACACAUUAGUGAAUCGUUGCGACGUCAACGCAAAUGUGCCAAUCCUAGUCGACGAUUAGAAAUUAAUCGUUCAACGAGAAAACCACAAGCACGGUAUCUUCCCAAAAGUGGGAUAAAAAAUUACUUUCCAAUGAAAGAACAUCGUUACUCUGAUGUAUCUAAUUACAAAGAACCACCAGAAAUUCCCCGAUACAUUAAAAGACCGAUCAUCUUUAUCGAGUACCUUACCUAUCCCUUUCAAACAAGCGAAAUUCCAGCGCAGAGAGCUCUACUCCUCGGCACCCUAUUUUUCGCUCUUAUCCUCAAUGGACUGUAUCAAAGCGUCUUGGUAUCUAGCCUAAGUAAACCGUUCCAUUACCCUCAACUACAUAAUCUAGAAGAUGUAGUAAAUUCUGGAAAAAUCGUGAUCACCAAGUAUGCGAAUCUGAAGAACGUGUUCCUGGAUGAUUCCGAACUAGACGCGAUGCUGAUUCGGAGAAUUCACGUGAUUAACGUUCAACGAUCUACAAAGGACAUUGUGGCGUACGAAGAUAAAAUCGCGAUCACCAGAUAUUACACGUUGGAGCUCGACGAUUCCGACUAUUUCGACAAAGAAGGAAAUCCCCUAUUGAACUUGGUGGACGAAUGUCCGAUGAAUUAUAGAGUGUCUUACGUGUCAAGAUUGCAUUCACCUUACGCAGAGAAAGUCGAUUUUGUGUUGUUAAGGUUGAGAGAAGCGGGUCUGCUUAAUUUCUGGUUCGAUGAUAUGUUGUAUCGUAUUAAGAUAGCUAAGAUGAAGAAAAGGAGAUUGAACAAGGAUAUGGCGGCGAUGAAGAGCCGGAUGAGCGGCGAGAUCAGGUUAACGCUGGAUCAUUAUUUAUUAACGUUUUUAUUGCUGUUCGUUGGCCUGUUUGGAUCUACCGUGAUGUUCUUCACGGAACUGUACAUCGCGAAACGAAGCACAAGUAAAUGUUAAAAUAAACAAAAAGAAUGUUCGUUUCAAAAUUCAUUUCUUUUAGGGGAAAAUUCAAACCGAGAAAUUGCUCGUGACCAGAAACAGAGAAAAAAUAGAAAAUAUGUGUUUUGUUUGUUCGUUGUGUAACAAAAAAGUUUUACCACUAUCGUGCAGUUAUCACGAAUUUUUCUAUUUGGAUUUAUACCGCGUACUUUCAAUGUUGACGUCCCACUAACGGUUUGAGUAGACUAACAGUUUUUUCCACGAUGAAACAAUUUCUGACAUUUUUUUUACUUGCUUCUUAUUUUCCCAUUUGUUUGGUUUUCCAGGCGAAAUACUGGUAAAUUUAAGAAUAGAACGGCUGGUGAUCGGCCGAAUCGACGAUUUGUUAUUUUCGCUUAAAUCAAUCCUUCUUCGCGUCGUUGAGACACGAGCGAUCCUAUCUAUUAUUUGUCUCCAUUCAUCUACUUGACAUGAUAAAAGGAAAUAUCUGUUGACCUACUUUAAACAGAAACAGAUCGAUAACUGUCUUUUCUAUUAUCUAUUAUAAACGAAGAAAUAAAGAAAUAAAAAAGUACACUCGUUGCUUUCGAUCAAGCGACUUAAUCAACCGAAUCAUUAAUUAUGCAGGUAUCAUCGUGAAGAUUGACUAAUAAUUAAGCCGAUGUACUAAUGAGGUUCUAUGUUCAUCGUUAUUAAUGAGAAGCAAUUAAAAGUGUAUGUAAAUCACGGCUAUAACACGUUAAAUGCAAUUUGAUAUCGUGACAUUUGGUGCAUUAAUUAUAAUAGAAGCGUUUUAGAAUUAUUAUAAAAUCACGCGAACGAUGGUCGCACCUUGAUGGAUUUAAUAUUCUAAGCACGUACUUCGUUUCUUCACAGCAGAUGCUCCACUAAAUGCGAUUAAGUUGUACCUGUCUGUGUUACGAGAGUGCUUCUCUGAUACUCUUUUUCCCGUUGUCCUCGGAAACGAUUGAAUCUGAAUCUGUUGAAAUAAAUCAGCGCGAUCAGAGAACGAAAAUCUCGUGUCCUUGCAGAAAACAUAG